UCUAUGGCUUGGCUGUCACGGUCAACAAGGUGACUGACCUUUAAUUGGGCUAAGCUCGAUUUUCAAGAUUGGAUCAAUGACUUUUGAACAACACUCGUUCAAAAAACAAUCUGAAGCUUUCUCAAUCUCGAAGGAGAGUUCACGAGUUGCCUGUGAGCUGUCGGACAAUGCUGUAAACCUAAUGGGGUCUUGCUUGUGACAUUUAAAGCCAAAUGGUUUUAGUUCGAUGUUACCGAGGCUGGCGUGCUACUUAAAUCAGACACAAUAACACCGCAAACUGGAGAAAAACGGCAAACAGAAGGUUUAACCAUGGACAAAUGAGGAUCUAGAAAAUGCUGUGGGAAAUGUUGAGAUUAUUAUUGUCUCUGUCGUAAUGUGGAAAAUUACGCUAUGGUGUUCAAUAGUUCGUUAAUGGCUGAUGUCCUAUCAGAAUCAUGGACAAAGCAAUGGCCCGAGAUGCGUCAAUUGAAGUACCAGAAAAGUUGGGUUCGAUUAAUGUUUCUGAAUCAGGUGUUCCGAAUUCUGGUCCACAACUUCGUACAAGUGCGAGGGUUCAUAAGAAGAUGCGCCUUGAUCCCUCCUUGGCAUCAGAAAGGAAAGAUUCAGAGUCCAAAGAUGAAGAUGGUCAAAUUGUGGAUAUGAAAGAUGGAAAAGCAGGGAAGACGUCUGAAACUAAACCAAGCUCAAAGUCUUCAGACCAGGCGAACAAUACUCCUGUAACUUUAAAAAUUAAACGUUCAUCUCCGUCAUGGUCAGGUGAAGAGAAGGAUACAUUCUUUCAAGCCCUCAAUGAAUAUGGGAAAGACUUUGAAUCCAUCCAUAGUGUGUUUAUUGCGAAAGCACAUGAGAAGAAUUUUCCAGAAAAUUUAGUCAAGAGCAAGGAACAAAUUCGCCUCUUUUAUUAUAGAACAUGGCACAAACUCUCCAAACAUUUGAAGUUUGAUCCCGAUGUUAAAAGAGCAAUACAAGAAUUAUAUGCCCUUAUUAAUUAUGGAGAAUUUCGCAAAAAUGUUGGAUUUGUGACUGAGAAGACAUGUGUGAAGCUAAAUGAUUUGAUUCUUCGUGGGCACACUCAUUUUAGAAUUAGAGGAAAACACGUACGAGUGAAAACACCUCAGUGCCCAGCUUUGCAGAAGCUCAACAGAUUAGAUGUACCUGAAUGGAAAGAAGAAUUGCAACUACCUUCCCAUGUAGUUGUAGAACUACGACCCCGCACGGCAAGUGACUGGUGCCGUGUGCAGUCUGUGGCUCAAAAUCCACGUGUACGUACUCUACUUCCUUUAGAACAGCGACUGUCAUCUCUGUUGGCAUUUCUGCAGCAACGAUGGCGCCCACCUCUGUUGCAGCAUCGUGACAAACUUUUGAGCUCUGUGCUUCUUGCAAAGCUGCAGCUGGAGGUGCGAGCUGAUCAUGCCAAAGAGCCUGCACCGAUUUUACAUAUGGCACCUCUUCCAGGGGUGCGCAUCACCCUUCCUACUUUCUGCCUCUCAGAGUACCUGACCAGUUCUUCUCUCUCUUUGGCUGCAUAUCGAGAAAGGCUGGCAAAUAGAGAGGCUCUACCAACCCUUCCCCGCAGAACACUGUCGGCAGCAAGCCGGUCAAGAGGUCGGUCCAGGGUUGAACCACCAAAGAUGAGCAUAUCUCUUCCAGAGAUAUCAAACAAGAAGCCUUCUGUGUUGGGAAAGGAUGUUGACACAUUGGUGGCAGCAGCAGCAGCAGCUGUGGCAGCUUGUGAAGCGAAAGCAAAAGCCUCUGCUGCAUUAACAGGGCAAACAAUUAAUGGAACCGGUGUCAAAGACAAUAAUGGUACUCUAGUGAGUAGUGGAACAGUACCUGUUACUGCAGCUGUGUUUGCCAGCUCUUCAGGUGUUGUUCCAUUACUUGCAAAUUCUAUUUCGACUAGCAAAGUCUCUGUGACAUCUGCAUCAGCAGUUACUGAAGCAAGUGUUGGAAUAACAUCCAAAGCCACAAAAACAGCAUCAGCAACUGUAACAAGUUCAGGAACUUCUGUAUCCUCAAUUUCAUCAGUAUCUGCAACAAAUGGAAUAUCUCUUAUUUCAGAAGCAAAAUCGGCAUUAGAAGACAAUAGUGAAAUUGAUGCAACCGGAGGAAAGAAAGCAACUGAAUCGACUGCUUUAGUAAGUGGGACAGAAGUGACUCGUGCAGAACCUCAAAAAGAAACGGCAACUGAAGUUAAAAUCAAAGGAGAGUCGGGAGCAGUGUCAGAAGCUGAAGUAGAAGUUAAGGCUGAUGCUGGGACUGAAGCCCAUACAGACACAGUCUUGGAAGCCCCUGUUAGUACUGAGAUUGAUGUUAAAACAGAUAUCAAGGUUGAAAUGAAAAUGCGUGCUCAGGCACGAAGGGAGAAAGCUGCUGCUCGAUUAGAAGUUGUGAGACAGGGGUGGAGUUUGGAAAAUGCUUGUGCUGUCACCAUUGGGGAAUUGUAUCUUAUGUUUGGACACGAUGGCAGAGUGGAACUUGAGUACUGGUGGGAAGAGAAAGCUCCACCGGAACAAACAACACUAGUUGGGGAGAAAGGUGAAGUGAGCCCUGUUGCUUCGGCACUUCAGAAAUUGGUGUCUAUUACCAAAUUGAACUACAGAAAAUCAAAAUUGCUUUGCCCUUGUGGGCAUGUUUGUGGAGCUCCUACCAAAGCUAGUUCACGAUCCAAGUCUGGUGGGAAGAAUGCAAAGGAAACUCAAGAUAAGACUGCAAGUGGGAGUGGGUCAGGGAAAAUUGCUCCAAAACCUCAGCCACUUCCACCGCCCCCGCCCCCACCACCGGCACCUCGCACAAUUCCCCACCAUAUGAUUCUUCCAACUGUGCAAGAUGGAGUAUUUCGGAGACCUCUUAUUGCACCUUUGUACAGAACAACUCCACGAAGUAGCGAUGUUGAAGCAAUCAAAGCUCAAUUGGAGAAAUUCCGACCAAAGUAUUGCAAUCGUCGUGGACGCACUGUUCGCCAAAAAGGAGUUGUGGUUCAGCGAAUGUUGCCUCUUUUGCCAAAGGCUCCAGAUGGUCAUACUAUGUUGGCUUUGAAAGUGAUUCCUCAAACUACUAGUAAAAUGGCUGGUGAAUUUAUUCCUAUCAGACCUCAACCAGAUGGGUAUUCACUGACGCAUGCAGCAGCACCACCUAUAUCAUCAUUGCGUAUUCGCCCUAAAGACAGUGGUGUUAUUAGGAGGCAACAAUCAUAUUUAGCUCCAAAACUCUUUACGUCAGCACCUGUCACAAUUUCAACCACUGUACCAACAGUUGAGAGCAAACAAGAACAGCAGACACAAGAACAGAUUACUGUGACAGUGUCAUUAGCUCCAAGUGCAACAAGUUUGUCUCAGAGCAUAUCUGCACCCUUGAUUCCUGUUGAUCCACCUGCUGGGGAAAUUGAGAUGACUCUUACAAAAGAAGAGGAAAUGCCCCUCUCACCUCCACCAAUGUCUUCUCCACCCCCAAGUAUCUCUCAUUUACUUGAUAUGGAUUUGGGAUCAACAGCUGGGGAUGACAUUUCUUUGAGUGGUGUCAGCUGUGGGCUUUUAGAUGCAGCACUAGUUACAUCAAGUACUCCAUCCUCUUCUCAGACUUUCAGUGGUUUGUUGUCUGAUGAAUGUCCAGCCAGCCCUCUUCUGAAGUUGCCUGAUCAACACUGGCUUAAUUCUGAAGUAGGAGAUAUUUCUCUGAGCAGCCUGCUGGGCCACUUAGAUUCACCAUUAAAGACCAAUCAAACUUCUAGUGGCGGAGAAGAUGUAAGAUUAUCAGAUGUGGAGACACAAAUGCAAUGUUUGAUGAGUGAGAACAGUGUUGACUACUCAGCCAAAUUUGCUGUAUUAGCUGCCCAGAGUAUAAGCAAAAAUAUGAAACAAUGUUUUUCAUUUUUUCUUAUUAUUAUUUUUGGAGAUUAA